GCCCGCCCGCGUGUGGGGGCGCCGGCGGCCGCGCGUGUCUGUGUGAGCGUGUCCGUCUGUGCGCGACUCUGUGUGUGUGUGUGUGUGUGCGUGUCCGUGUGUGUGCGAGUGCGUGCGUGUGUGUGAGUGAGUGCGGGCGUGCGGCUGCCGCCGCCGCCGGAUCGGUUUCUCGGGGUUUGACCAGCUGUCCCAGGCUAACCCUGCUCUCUGAAGAUGGAGGAAGUAAAAACAGGAUUACCCUUAGCUACAGCUCCACUGCCUUAGUUUCCAUAGCCAACUGCCGUGCACAAACACACCUCCACUAGGCAGAGAGAGCCGACACUAAUAAAAACACAAACAAAAGGGUGAUGGAAGUGAUUCACUGCCUGCGCGGCUGAGUGUGUGCCUGCCUACCUGGACUAGGGGGAAGAUAAGCACUGCACUUUGACUAUGGAAGCAGAGGCUGCUGAUGGAUAUAUAACAUCAGGUGACAAUGAGCUUUCGCCCGAAAGGGAGCACUCCGGCAUGGCCAUUGACCUCACCUCCAGCACACCCAAUGGGCAGCAUACCUCCCCAAGUCACAUGGCAAGCACAAAUUCAGUAAAGCUAGAAAUGCAAAGUGAUGAGGAAUGUGACAGGAAGCCCCUGAGUCAGGAAGAUGAGAUCAGGGCUCAUGAUGAAGGAAGCAGCCUGGAAGAGCCCCUCACUGAGAGUAACGAGAUGGCGGAUAACAGAAAGAUCCAGGAGCUAUCGAGCGAGGGAGGAAUCCGGCUUCCGAAUGGUAAACUGAAAUGUGACGUCUGUGGCAUGGUUUGCAUUGGGCCCAAUGUGCUAAUGGUACAUAAAAGGAGCCACACUGGUGAACGCCCCUUCCACUGUAACCAAUGUGGAGCUUCUUUUACCCAGAAGGGGAACCUGCUGAGGCACAUCAAGUUGCACUCUGGGGAGAAACCGUUCAAAUGUCCCUUCUGCAGCUAUGCCUGCCGACGGAGGGACGCCCUCACAGGACACCUCAGGACGCACUCUGUGGGGAAGCCUCACAAGUGCAACUACUGUGGCCGGAGCUACAAGCAGCGCAGUUCGCUGGAGGAGCACAAGGAACGCUGCCACAACUAUCUGCAGAAUGUCAGUAUGGAGGCUGCCGGGCAGGUCAUGAGUCACCAUGUACCUCCUAUGGAAGAUUGUAAGGAACAAGAGCCUGUGAUGGACAACAAUAUUUCUCUGGUGCCUUUUGAGAGACCUGCUGUUAUAGAGAAGCUGACAAGCAACAUGGGAAAGCGUAAAAGCUCCACCCCACAGAAGUUUGUGGGUGAAAAGCUUAUGAGAUUUGGCUAUCCAGAUAUUCCCUUUGAUAUGAACCUAACCUAUGAGAAGGAGGCUGAGCUGAUGCAGUCUCACAUGAUGGACCAAGCCAUCAACAAUGCAAUCACCUACCUUGGAGCUGAGGCACUUCACCCCCUGAUGCAGCACACACCAAGCACAAUUGCAGAGGUGGCCCCAGUCAUCAGCUCAGCUUACGCUCAGGUCUAUCAUCCUAACAGGAUAGAAAGGCCUAUUAGCAGGGAAACAGCUGACAGUCACGAGAACAACAUGGAUGGCCCGAUCUCCCUCAUCAGACCAAAGAGUCGAACCCAGGAUAGAGAGGGCUCCCCCAGCAAUAGCUGCCUGGAUUCUACUGACUCAGAGAGCAGCCAUGAAGACCGCCAGUCCUACCAAGGAAACUCUGCCUUAAAUCCCAAGAGAAAGCCAAGCCCGGCUUAUAUGAAGGAGGACGCCAAGGCUUUGGAUGUCACAAAAGCUUCUAAGGGCUCUUUAAAGGAUAUCUACAAGGUCAUCAAUGGAGAAGGGGAGCAGAUUAGGGCUUUCAAGUGCGAGCACUGUCGUGUCCUUUUCCUGGACCAUGUCAUGUACACCAUCCACAUGGGCUGCCAUGGCUACCGGGACCCGCUAGAGUGCAACAUCUGUGGCUACCGAAGCCAGGACCGCUAUGAGUUCUCAUCACACAUAGUCCGAGGGGAGCACACAUUCCACUAGGCCUUCUCAUCCAAAGGGGACUUGUAUGAAGUAGAAGAACUGCACAUGAAGAAAUACUGCACUUACAAUCCCACUUUUCCUCAGACAUUGAGACGCCUAUUUUGUUGUUGUUGCUGUUGUUGUUGUUGCUGUUGUUUAAUUAUUAUUAUUAACCUUAUUUUUUGUGAACCCAACCUCAUUUGCUCUGCCCAGCUUAAGAAUGGAAAGAAGGAAGGGAAGGGAUAAAAGAGGGGUUUGUUGUUGCCAUCACUUUUUGGUGAGUGACCCACCUCACUUUCUGUGGGAAUUGAAAGGCAGUCCAUUUCUGUCUCAAUCAGCUGUACAUCGUGUCCUGUUUUGGGAUAUCGCUCGACCUUGCUAAGUGCUUUAAAGUCCCAAUGACAUGCCACUCAUUUAAAAUUUCAGAUGAAUAGGUAGAAACAUUUCAGAGGAGAGCCUUUUUCAAACAUGUAGAUACGGUGCGGGGUUUCGGUGACUGGAGGAGAGGGUGGGGGAACUUAAUUCUGCAGAAUGAACAAUUAUUUUUAAAGCAAAACUGUUAGGGAUUUAGGAGCACGAGUCAAAGUCGAUAUUCCUUUCAAAAUUACUUUCUAGGGUGAGCUGUUUUCCUGGGUUCAGUGUGUAUUGCUCCUCUAGAAUGUAAA